CUCCCCUCCCACCCAAUGACCCAAUUCUCUCCCCCCUGCCCCCCUAUAUAUACCGCUCUCGCCCCACUUUUUCCCUUUUCUUUUCUAUCUGAUGCGCUCUCCGUUCAAUAUUUUUCUCCUCCUCUCUGUCUAUCUCUCUCUAUUUAUUAGGGAGUCUCUCUAUUUAUUAGGGAGGAAAAACACCGUAGAGAUAGAUAUUCUCUCAUCUUAUUUUAUUUUAUCUUAUUUUAUUUUAUUUUAUUUUAAAAAGAAGAAAAGAAAUAAAAAGAAAGAAUCAGAGAGAUCAGAUCGCCUGGAGAGAUCGAGAUCGAGAUGUAUGCGGAGGCGGGGCUGGAGUUCCCCUUCUUUCCGGGAUUCUCGCAGGAUGCGGCGGCGGCGAUGGCGGCGGCGGCGGCCGCGAGCUGCCAGCACUACUCGCAACUCGCGAUCGCCGAUGGGGAGCUGCUGCCGGCUUUCGCCUCCGCCCUCCCGGAAGGUGGGGCCCACAUGGGAAACAUGGUGCAAACUCCAAUUGUGUCGGAAUAUGACCUUGGAGGAGAAGGAGAUCUAUUCAAAGCUCCAGAACCCAUCAUAGGAGAACCACUACUCGGCCUUGACCCCAUGGCGGCUGCCAUAUCUUUGAUGUCUGGCGGGAAUGAUGUCAUCUCUGAAACAGUGAAGGUCGCAGAAAUGGAGUCGAUCCAAAAUGAUCAGCUGCUGAGCGAUGUAUUCUACGAGUGCAAGAAGGAUCUCUUAGAAAAGUCCGCAAUUGAAGAAUCGCUUUGUGAGCUAUUAGAUAUUAAGAUGCCUGCAAUUCAAAUAGAAGAAGCUCCAAGCGCAGAGAAACAGAGGUUCAUUGCGGAAGGGCUGAUCCAGAAGAGUGUUAGCUCAGGGUGUCUGAACUCAAUGGAUUGGAUCCACGGGUGCCCCAUGAGACCAAACUUUCUUGAUUUCCAAGGAGUGGAUUUUGAAGCUGCAUUUGGGAUGAGGCGAGCUUACAGUGAAGGCGAUAUUCAGAAUCUUGGCAAUAAUAGCAGAAGCAGUGGCAGUGCAACCAAUGUUAGCUCAUCCUCUGAGCGGCCUUUAACAAUCACUGAUAUGAAGAUUGAAGAAAGAAGGCAAAAACUUUCCAGAUAUAGGACAAAGAAGACAAAAAGAAACUUUGGUAGAAAGAUCAAGUACGCCUGCAGGAAGGCUCUUGCAGAUAGCCAGCCGAGGGUGCGCGGAAGGUUCGCAAAGACUGAUCAAGAAUGUGAGAGUACUAAGCAGAAGAAGUCGAUGUAAAUACUCCAGUAGGACUUGAGCUUUAAAGAAGCCACCGGAGCUCUCUCUUUCAUAAUAAUGCUUUAAAUUAGAAAGAGUGAGUGGUCCGCAGCUCUUUGUGGUUCUUCGAGACCCUUGUAGCUCUCCAGGAUCUCUUUCUCUUCUGUCUGUAAUAAUCGCGCUGCUAGCUGAAUGUGGAGCUGUGCUCAUGUAAAUAGAUGGUUUGAAUAAGACGAAGCUGGCUCCUUAUUAGUAGGCUCAGAUGUUGAAUAUUUUAAGUUUUUGAUGUUUCAGUGCCUUGCUCCUUUUUGUGCCUA